AUGUCUGAUGUCGAGGAUUCCGUGGAUAAUGAGCCACCCGUCAUUGACCCCUAUGAGGUGCUCGGCCUCCCCCGCGAGGCUACAGCAGACCAAAUCAAGAGUGCCUACCGAAAGGCAGCGCUCAGGAACCACCCUGACAAGGUGACGAGGGAACAAAAAGAGGAGGCCCACGCCAAGUUCCAGGAAAUUGCCUUUGCCUACGCCGUCCUCUCCGACCCGGCGCGGCGCAAACGAUAUGACACCACCGGGUCGACAUCAGAAUCCAUCGUCGACGCAGAUGGCUUCAAUUGGAGCGAUUACUAUCGGGAACAAUUCAGAGACUCAAUAUCUGCGGACGCAAUUAAGAAAUUUGCCGAGAAAUACAAGGGCUCUGAUGAGGAAAGAGAUGAUAUUUUGAUUGCCUACGAAGAAUGUAAAGGCGACAUGGACCAAAUAUACGAACGCGUCAUGCUGAGUGAUGUCACCGAAGAUGACGAGAGAUUCCGCAACAUUAUUGACGAGGCCAUUGCGAAGGAGGACGUGCCAGCCUUCGACUCCUACGCAAAGGAAAGUAAGAAGAAGCGAGCAGCCCGUGUCAAGGCCGCAAAAGCUGAGGCAGAGGAGGCGGAGAAUCAUGCCAAGGAAAUUGGCGUUCACGACAUGUUGUUUGCGAAGAAGGGCGCAAAGUCAAAAGGUAGCUCGGAAGAUGCGCUGGCAGCCUUGAUUCAGAAACGACAGCAAGACAGAUCUGCAGACUUCUUGGAACAUCUGACGGAGAAGUAUGGAGCUAAUAGUAGUAAAGGAAAGAAGGGCAAAAAGCGAGCGAUGGAUGAUGUCGAGCCCUCAGAGGAGGCUUUUCAAGCCGCUGCCGCCAAGUUAAAAGGCGGCAAGGCCGCGAAGAAGUCCAAGAAAUAG